AUGGCGGAUUCUCUCACUUUCGGAAGUGCUGCCUGGAUGAGUGGGGAGGAAUAUGGAGGCGAAUACGCCGUGCGCAUCAAGCAAUUCAUCAAUAAAAUUGACGAAAAAGCUCUACUCUCUUACGCCUCGUCGCUUCGGGGGGAACAACCAUGCACCAUUUCUCCUGAGUUUUCCGUAGGAAGUUUCAACCUUGUGCACAAGAUUCAGUUCAACGAUGGCGUUGAGUGGGUUGCGAGACUACAGAUGCCUCCGAUCCGGGACGGGGGCAGCGUGAUGGUCUCUCCUGCCACCCAGGAGAGGAUGAUCUUAGAUAUGCAGUCGGAACUUGCCACGAUGGAGUUUGUGCGCCAGAACACGGGCAUCACAAUCCCAAGAGUCUACGCCUAUGAUCUGAAUGGCCAAAACGAUGUUGGAUGCCCCUUCUCCAUUAUCGAAUACGUCGAUGGCAACACCGCAGAGGAGGUGUCUCGAAACUACCCUGGCGAGCAUGAAGGCAUCCCAGCGCAGUUUGAGGAGAAACUAGUCGAAACAGGCACAGGGCCGCACAAUACUGCUGCCGAGUUCUACGCGGACUACCCUCUGGCACUGAGUAGAAGCCUCGGAGAGCAGCCGGUCAGCGGACAAGACGAGUUGAUGCAAGCAUUCCGCUCCCUCGCCGCUUCCUUUCCGUCAGAUGGCUCCGGAGAGGGGUUUGGCCUGGCUAACUACGAUCUCAAUCUGAACAACAUCCUUGUCGAUCGGGAGUUCAACGUACUCACCGUCAUUGACUGGGACUUCGUUGUCUCGGUGCCCGAUGCGGCGCUCUACCGCUUUCCGUUUCUGAUGGGCGUCAGCUGCGCCGUCCCUGGGGUUGUUGACGCACACUCCAAAGUUAUAAAACAGGAGCAGCUCAGGCGGCGAUUUGCUGAGGUUGUCGAAGAAGUGGCACAGCAGCAAGCGGGUAAAGACUGCGAAGGUGCGAACAAGUUGCACAAGCACCUUUUUACGAGAUCAGGGUUCUUCUCCAAGGAGGCGGUGGCGUUCCGCUCUCUGAUCCGCGUCAAAAUGCGCCAGGACUGGGUCAACGACACAUGGCUUCGCGGUCUAAAAUGGUUGAGCCAGCACGAUGAAAUGCAGGUUGCGCAGUUUUAUCUUCCAGGCUGA